UCCUACUCUUCUUCUUCUUCUUUGUUUUCCUCUUUCUUCUUUUUUCUCCCUGUCCUCUCCCCUCUAUACUAAUCCAGAGCUGCCACAGCCCGUGGUCAGCUCACUUUCACCACGUCUUCUUCAAAGAGACGUAAGGUUACAGAGCGAAAAGUUGGAGCCCGUGGGCGCCCUGCCUCUCCUUCUCUCCAAAAGGAUAAUCCGUCAUCUGCCUCAAGAUCCGCCUCGAGGCGGAGGAGACGUGCCAGCAGUCGUCUUCGUGAUUCUGCCCUGCCCACGACCAGCACUUCAACUGCUAGUGCCACUGCUGCGUCUCCUAUUCACGCUCCUACACCCGUCUGGAGAAAUUCUCAGAAAACUGGUCCUGGGCCCACUCCUCCACACUCAGUUAGCAACAAGAACGACCCCGCCCCAUCUUCAUCUGGUCCUGGACAUAGUUCCGCCAACCCUAAACAACCCCCAGCCCGUCGUCGAAAGAAGCCGUCUUCCCGCAAACAGAACCUUCGAUCCGCUACUCCAGGUUCCUCAGAUACCGCUGCGAGUUCCCGGAGCACUCCUUACGCUGAAUCUAUCUCGAAUCGCCACGGCCAAGCCCCUGUAGGUAUGUCGGCGUCGGAAGGCGUGCAGGGCUCGUCUGCUCCUUUACCAGAUGAUGGCUCUGAAAAUGACAGACAGGAAUUUCACUCCACGCCUGCCGUGAAGCGGCCAGCGGCAGAAAUGGGCGAGGAUGACCGCCAACCUCAGGAUGUCGAGAUGGGCUCCGAUUCAUUCGGUGGCAGUGAGGAUCAGAAUAAGGAUGCGUCGUCGAACGCCAAAAAACAAGCAGAGCGACCAACGAGACAACGUAGAGCUGUCUCUGUGGAUAUGGUUGGCCAGGAAGAUACUACUCCUACAACAACAACUAGCAAUAAUAAUAAUAAUAAUUCGGCGGCAGACGCGAAGCAUGGAAGCGCUAAAUGUUCCCCCGCAGAGGACACCAAUAGCUUAGCUUCGGACAGUGUCUAUCCCACGCCAUCGAGCAUGUCGACGUAUACUUCAUCCACUCGGGAGGACGCUAAAUCCCAGGCUUCCCCUCAUGCCAACCACGAUCGCCCCCCAAUUGACGAGCAAGUCGCCGCUGUCACCAGAAUGUUGAUGCAGCCGCUAAAGGAUCAGCAGAAGGGAUAUGUGGUUUCUGCGAACUGGCUUGGACGUGUCCUUUCGAGAAGCUCAAAUGGAGGUGACCUGCAGCGAGAGAAAGUUGAUAAGACCGCGUCGGAGGGUGAGAUUGGCCCUGUUGACAACUCAGACCUGGUUCUGGUCACAGACCCGUCAAUUACGUACACGGACGAGGCUGGUGAGCAGUUUGUCCCCUUACGACCUGGCUUGCAGAUGGGAGAAGACUUUGAAGUGCUUCCCGAAGAUGCAUGGGAAUUAAUCAUGAAAUGGUACGGUCUUUCGCGAGAGUCCCCUGCGAUUGUUCGAUACGCCCACAACACAACCGCCGGCUCCGUGGAACAUGUCCAAUAUGAACUUAACCCCCCAGUUUUUACCAUCCUGAAGCUGCCCAACCCUUCACAGACAUCUACGCAGCUUGCCCAAGAAAAGGCUCGCGCUCCUAUAAAGGCCUUGGCUAGCAGACAUACACCAUUCCAGCAGUGGCUGCGGAAUGUGAAGACCCUGGCAACUAUUGAUAUGUCCACGAAGGUUCGCGUUUGGAGAAUCCUCGAGGGCCUGACUAGCACUGCAACCUCCGGUAUCAUUACCCCAGCGGCCUCGAGAAGCGCGUCUCCGGCCCCUGGCGCUACACUGACGGCGAGUGCGGGCAACAGUCUUGUGUUGGACGUGAAUAAGUUUGUUGCUCUUGUAGAGGGAUCCCAGCGAGAAUUGCUAGAAAUGAAAGACCAAACGUCCAAUCCGAAGUAUAACGGCAGCCUCACCUUGCACCUUGCGGGAUUGGGGGGGGACGACGUCAUUGUGCUCGAGGAACAAAUCGGUGGGCCCGGAGGCGGAGAGUGGAUUUCCGAUUGCGCCGGUAAAUAUUCAAAUCGACUUGCGGUUACUGCAGUUAGGGUCGGGCCACAGAACAAGGCCAAGGGCAAAAUCCCCACUGCCAGCGGCCGAGCAUCGCCGGCGAUUGGAGCUGUUGCCAGGGGACGACAGCAGAAAGACGGUCGGCCCCGUGGCGUUACCGGCUUGAGUAACCUUGGAAAUAGUUGCUAUAUGAACUCUGCGUUGCAGUGCGUUCGGAGUGUAGAGGAGCUAACACACUAUUUCCUUGACGAUGAGUACAGGAAAGAUCUCAACCCGGGCAAUCCACUUUCUCACGAUGGGAAUGUGGCCAAAGCCUAUGCAAACCUGCUUCAUCAACUGUUUGAUGAGAAUGGCACUUCGUCCUUUGCUCCUCGCCAAUUUAAACAGACGAUUGGCCGAUAUGGCCCUUCGUUCUCCGGCUAUGGGCAACAAGAUUCUCAGGAGUUUGUGCUCUUCCUGCUGGAUGGUUUACAGGAGGAUUUAAACAGGAUCCAAAAGAAACCAUAUAUUGAGAAGCCAGACUCUACGGACGACAUGGUUAGCAACAGCGCUGCUCUACAGGAGUUUGCUAACAAAUGCUGGGAAAUUUACAAAGCACGGAAUGAUUCAGUAAUUACUGAUCUUUUCGCUGGAAUGUACAAGUCUACUGUGGUCUGUCCUGUGUGCGACAAAGUUAGCAUCAUUUUCGAUCCAUUCAGUAACCUCACCCUGCAACUCCCGAUUGAGAACCUUUGGAGCAAAGAGAUAUUUUUCUUCCCGCUUCAUUCUCGCCCCGUCCGGGUGGAUGUUGACAUCGACAAAAAUGCCAGCGUCAAGGCGUUGAAGGAAUAUGUGGGGAGAAGAGUAGGUGUCGAUACCAAUAGGCUUGUGAUGGCUGAAAUAUACAAGCACAAGUUCUACAAAAUGUUCGAGAAUACUUCGAGCCUUGCCGAAUGCCAAAUCACUGCCUCAGAUGACAUCGGCAUCUUCGAGGUAGAAUCCGUGCCUACCAGCUACGACCCAGAUAAGCCCCCCCGACGCUCCGCCUACUCGAGCCUCGCUUUCUCCCACAGCAAUACAUCCGACCAGGAAAUUCCGGCGUUCGAGUCGCCCGGGUGCGAUCGAAUGAUCAUCCCAAUCUUCAACCGCGUCGUCAAACAGCAGGGCGCUAGGGUCACACGGCAACUCUUCGGUGCUCCUUCAUAUACUAUCGUUACGCGUGAAGAGGCAUAUGAUUAUGAUAGCAUUCUUCGCAAGGUUCUGCGGAAUGUGGCCAACUUGACGACGCGAGACAUCCUUCGCGAGGAUGAAGGGGAUGUUGUAAUGAACUCCAGUGCUGCUGAGGAUUCUGAUACCGUUGUGACCAAUGACGACGACUUUGACUUCUCCGACCCCAAGAUCAAGGUUUCCUCAAUCGACGGUGAGGAUGGUCUCGUUGAUGUAUCCAUGCGAGACAGCUCCGAUUCAUCCACCCAAGCCAAAUCGAGUGUCAGAGGUGAUACUACCUCGAUUCCAAAAGUUCUUCGACCUAGGAGUUUCAUACCGCCCAUGCUUCGCAACCUAUUCGAAAUGAAGAUUAUGCGAUCAACCGACGCCGUGCCUACUGGCUGGUCUACUGUAGAUGAGAUAAAAGAGUUUACCUCAAUGGCCUCUAGACUGCCGAGAAAACAAGCCAAGCGAACCUCUGCGAAGAAAAAGUUCCCUGCAUGCCGUGGAACUAGUCCUGUUAGCAGCGAAGACGAACUUAACGCCCCCGCUCGUAGAGUAGAUAUCGCUCGUUCAAGGGGCGCCAAUGAUAAUGAUUCUGAUGACUCUAGCUCUCAGAAAACCAAGGAUGACAGUGGUACGGAAAGUAGCUCAGAUUCAUAUUCAAGUCCCUCCACGAUUCUUCACGGCGCUGGACGCCGAAAACUCAAGUCUGCGCCGUCCAAAAAUGGGCCUCCCGGCGCUAUCCCGCUGAUUCGUGCUGGAGAGGGCAUUGUUCUUGAUUGGAAUGAAAACGCAUAUGAUGGCCUCUUUGCCGGCGAUCCGCUUGAGGAUGACGCACUACGAGGCUCAGCGACGUGGCUGAGUAUCGAUGCUCUGCCAGAUCCUGAGCUUGAACAGAGACGUAAACUGCGCCAGACGCGGAAAAAGUGCGGAAUCAGUCUUGACGAGUGCCUGGAUGAGUUUGGUAAAGAGGAGAUCCUCUCCGAAAACGACGCUUGGUAUUGUCCUCGCUGCAAGGAGCACAGGCGCGCGUCGAAGAAAUUCGAGUUGUGGAAAUGCCCAGAUAUUCUUGUGAUGCAUCUUAAACGCUUCAGCGCCAAUAGAGGGUUCCGAGAUAAGAUUGACGCGCUUGUCGAUUUCCCGCUCGAGCUCGACAUGACUGGCCGGGUUCAGAUGCCUGAAGAAGGGAAAAGCCUGAUAUAUGAUUUGAUUGCAGUUGAUAACCAUUACGGUGGCCUUGGUGGGGGGCAUUACACGGCAUAUGCGAAGAACUUUAUUAACGAUACUUGGUACGAAUACAAUGACUCUCACGUUACAAAGAAGAACAACCCUGCCUCCGUAGUUACCUCAGCCGCAUAUCUUCUAUUCUAUCGUCGUCGAUCCGAUGUCCCUUUAGGCGGAGAUUACCUAGCAACCGUCACCGAAACAGCGAAAAAUCGGGAGUUUGCCGACUCUGAUUCACAGACCGACUCCUGCGUACUUUCCCCUUCGGGGGAAGGCCUGCGCCUCGGCGGCUCCUCCCGCAAUGGGUCGUCGAGCGCAUUAACCGGAGCCGGAGCAAUUCACCAGUCGGGAGAUGGUGGUUUGCGGGGCGGAAUCCAGGCGAGGGAUGACGACAGCCCACCAGAGUACUCUGAGUUCAACCACCAUAACCACUUGGAAGGCAUGGAUCUAGAGGACGAAGGAUUUGACCCCAGCUUUGGCUCCGAUUUGAAUUUCUCCAGCCACCCCAUCUGGUCGUUUGACCGAGCCGCACCGCCAUAUGGCAGGGGGCCAAGUUUCAUACCCGCGCCCGCCAACUCCUUCUCCGACGGCGAUGGCGAUGACGACCUCGACGAUGACGCGAGCAACAAGGCCGUCGGUGGUGGCGACAUCAGCGACUCUGAAUCCCGCCUAGCGAUGCUGAAAGAUUCUGAGGAUCAGGACGGCAUGAUAUUUGACGAUGCAGACAUGUCAUCGUCCACGGCGGCCGUGCAGAAUAUCACGCAGCCGCCGGAUCUAGAUGAUGACGAUGAUUCCAUGCCUGUUGUCGAGCUGCGGGUGCCCGAUGAAGACGGGCCGGUCACGGCGUCGUAACAGAACUAGGCACUAUGUCGGAUACACAUUCUCGCUUUUAUUUGACAUGUAUGGAUGGAUGGCUUGGUUGGCGGCGGCCGGACCGGGGCAAACGGGAGUCGUUUUUCUUCAAUGGUUACAAUGAAUGAACUCAAUUUUCCUUACCUACUGGCCUGAAAUGAAAUGAUAUUAGGGAGAAGAGGGUAUUCUUUGGGCUGGAAAAGUUUCUCUUCGUAUCGAAGGGGGGUUUGUCGUGGGUUGGUGUAACUUAUCAUUUCAUAUUUUGUUGUCCCUUACUUUUCCUUUCGUCUCUUUUUCUUCCUUCCUUUCUAACUAUCUAAACCCCGUCCGCUGCGCUCUGUUGAUUUAUUGGGAGAACAGAUGCGACAAAGAUCAAGCGGCCAGGCUUCAAACCAAGUAAACUAGAAUUACGGCUUUUGGGACCUCCAUUUAUUUAUUUAUUCUUUUUCUUUUUUUUACCAUUUGCCCAUGCUCAUACUCAUGUUCAUGCACAUUCUUUUCUUUCUCCCAGAUACAUAAAACCGGCAUUAUUCUUUCUGUUUCUCCCCCUUUACCCCCCUCCUUUCCCUCACACCGACACAAUUUCUAAACCCCGCGGGCCGCAUAACAGACAAGUUUGCUACUCCAUACAUGCUCCUGCGAGAGGGAAAAAAAAAAAAAGAAAAAGAAAAAGAAAAAAAACCAAACAAGCGAACCAUCCAUAAUAACAGCGAUGUUUUGCACGUAUGUAUCUGGGCUGUGGGGGGAAAAGAAAAGAAAAAGUUUCGUUCAUUUCUAUUUCAAUGUCCAUUUCCACUUGCAUCAUGUCUCAUAAUAGCUCCUCUUUCUUCUUUUUCUUUCCUCCGCUUCCCAUCUUUCCGGCGUUAGUACGGGCCUCCUUUUUCUAUACAAAAUCCAUAUACAUGGCUUUUCCUCGAUCAUAUCUCACUUUUUUUGCAUUCAGAUGCGCAAGCUCCUAAAGGGGUGAUAAAUAGAAGGGCUUUUUUCUUUUUUCUUUUCUUCUUUUUGGGGGGGGGGGGGGGAAUCGAUCGUUGCUUCUUUCAGUUUCUCCCUAUUUGCCCGGUUUUCCUCUUCUAAAAUAUGCAGCACUAUACACGUACGGAGUACAUGUACGCGAAACGUGCCUGUUCCCUCUUUUCUUCUUCUUUCUCUUUUCAUUGGUAAUUUUCUAUGACGCAUAACUUCAGGUUCCACACUUUAUAUAUAUAGUGAUGCUUUGUAUGAAUGAGUGUGGAUACAUUGCAUGAAUGAUUGAUGAAAGUGCAUGUACAUUCUAGCCUCAUGCUAUUGUGAUUUAUCCAUUGUUAUUUUUUUUUAAUAAAUUGAUGAAAUUUCACUCCUCUAUCAUACAUUGCUGCUCAGCCUGUAAAAAAACAUUCGAGUCUAACUGCCAUCACGUGUUGCUUGCUGGUG